UUGCUUACGAAGAGGUGGUGGUUUUUCGUCACUAACAAAUUUGCGAGGUUUGCCAAGAUAAUCGCACUGUGUUUCAAGGGCAGAGGUUAAGGAAGGAGAUUUUCAUAAAUAUUUAAUCAUACUGGAAAUUUAAUCUAAAAAUAAAGCAUCUGAGGUGGCUUGAAUUAGCCCUCAGACAAGUUAAGUUGAAAGUGAAAUAAAUAAUAACAUAUAUAAAAAGUUGGUUGAGAUCAUCAUAUCGUAUCAAGAUGACUGCUCCUGAAGUACCUCGCACGGAAUUGCAAGAAUUACAACUCAAAUCUGCUCAAGUGGCAGAUGAGUCACUUGAGAGCACCCGUCGAAUGCUUAAUCUGAUGGAAGAAAGCAAAGAAGCUGGAAUCCGGACCUUAGUGGCUUUGGAUGACCAAGGGGAACAAUUGGAUCGCAUUGAAGAAGGAAUGGAUCGCAUUAACGCAGACAUGAGGGAAGCUGAAAAAAAUUUAAGCGGAAUGGAAAAAUGCUGUGGGCUAUGUGUUGUACCAUGGAAAAAAGUUGCGAUCAAAGACGAUAGCGACAGUGCUUGGAAAGCAAACGACGAUGGCAAAAUCGUUAAUAGCCAACCGCAAAGAGUCGUAGACGAACGUGAUCGAAUGGGAGGGGCACCACCCCAAAGUGGAUAUAUACCACGUAUUACUAACGAUGCUCGAGAAGAUGAAAUGGAUGAAAACUUAGGGCAGGUAAACUCUAUGUUAGGAAAUUUGCGUAAUAUGGCUCUAGAUAUGGGAUCGGAAUUGGAAAACCAAAACAAGCAAGUUGAUCGUAUCAACGCUAAGGGUGAUGCAAACAACGUACGAAUGGAUGGAGUAAACAAACGUGCUAACAAUUUGCUCAAAAGUUAAAAAUUUCAAAAGAUUAUCUAAUAGACUAGAGCUAAGUAUAUGUAUAAAGCGCAAAUUGAAAGGCACAAAUACUAAACAUAAACAACACAAACACGGAUAUUGAUAAAUCUGCUCAGUUCCAGGUGCACGCAACAAAUUGCCCAGUACCGAAAAGACCUACCAUUGCGGUGCAUUUUUACAAUUUACAUGUUACCAGUAACUAUAUACAUAUACGAUAUAUACACUAAAUCGCUGAAAAUACAAAUGACUAAUAUACAAGUGCUGAACUAACUACCCACCAUCUAAGUAACUACUUACAUUAUACACUUAUACAAAACGAUGAAUCAGACAAGAUUGCGGAAAAAUAAAUUCAAUGUCUCAACUAUGUGCAUAUGUAUAUUUAGCACAAGCACCUAUAAUUUAAACUUUUUAUAUUUAGUAAUCGUUUUUGAUGGCGUUCAAAUAACGCGAUUUUAUCUUUUAUAAAAUUAUUAUUUCUAUAACUUUACUCAAUGAAAAUUGUUGAAAUUAUACACGUUGUAGUGGAGCACUUUUUUAGGGCAAUUCGUGCACACCAAUAUGCAUUCAUACACAAACUUACUGCUAGAUUUGCGAGUGACGAAAAACGACUCAACACAGGUGAUUUAAAUACUUGUUUCCGUACUCGAAAGCCUGCUUAUUACUUUAUAUAUGUACUUAUGUACCUACAUUUAAUUCAUAUUAAAAACAACUUGAACUUA